GACACUGCAGAAUUACUGAAAUCAUUACCUCAGAAAUACAGAAGGAAACUUGUGUCUCAAGAAGAAAUUGAAUUUAUCCAAAGUAGAAAACUGAGGACCAGAAGCCUAUUCCACAGCACGUUUCAACUGAGUUGGAUUUUGUUUCCCUGGGCCUGCUUCUUCAUAAAGGAACUGAAAUUGCACUUAGCAAUCGGGGAUGGCCGGUUAGCUCAGUUAAAAAAGAACUUGGCACUCGUCUAAGUAGCCUGAGAUCGCGGGGUCUAGCGUCCAUAGCAAUCGUGGCGACAGGACACGGUAGAACCAAGAACCAGAGAACGAGAUCAAGUACAAGACCAAGCUUUCGACCCUCAUACACAUCUACUAAGCCCCAAACUCAGAACACCAUAUCAAGACGCUGACCUGUCCCUAGUAGUGAAGAAAAUAUUCAAGUUAAAACGAUAACAGGGUGACAGAGGCUACCGAAACCACGUCGCGUCCAGCACCAACAGGCUUCACGUGACAGAGGAUCCUGGCCUCGCGCAGCUUCCGUAGGGCUGGCUCCAGUCCCGGAAGUAAGGCGGAGCUACUAAAGAGUCGGAACCCACUGAGCGGAAGUGGCUGUUGGGGGCUUUAAGGUGGCUUUAAAUUGCUGCCGUCUUGGGAGCUCGCCCCUUUUCGCUGGAGUUAGGCUUCGCUCGCCGGAUGGCUGUGGACGUGAAGUCUCGAGCAAAGCGUUAUGAGAAACUGGACUUCCUCGGGGAGGGACAGUUUGCCACAGUUUACAAAGCCAGAGACAAGAACACCAAUCAAAUUGUCGCCAUUAAGAAAAUCAAACUUGGGCAUAGAUCAGAAGCUAAAGAUGGUAUAAAUAGAACAGCCUUAAGAGAGAUAAAAUUAUUACAGGAGCUAAGUCAUCCAAAUAUAAUUGGUCUCCUUGAUGCUUUUGGACAUAAAUCGAAUAUUAGCCUAGUCUUUGAUUUUAUGGAAACUGAUCUUGAGGUUAUAAUAAAGGAUAAUAGUCUUGUGCUGACACCAUCACACAUCAAAGCCUACAUGUUGAUGACUCUUCAAGGGUUAGAAUAUUUACACCAACAUUGGAUUCUACAUAGGGAUCUGAAACCAAACAACUUGUUGCUAGAUGAAAAUGGAGUUCUAAAACUGGCAGAUUUUGGCCUGGCCAAAUCAUUUGGGAGCCCUAAUAGAGCUUACACACAUCAGGUUGUAACCAGGUGGUAUCGGGCCCCUGAGUUACUAUUUGGAGCUAGGAUGUAUGGUGUGGGUGUGGACAUGUGGGCUGUUGGCUGUAUAUUAGCAGAGUUGCUUCUAAGGGUUCCUUUUUUGCCAGGAGAUUCAGACCUUGAUCAGCUAACAAGAAUAUUUGAAACUUUGGGCACACCAACUGAGGAACAGUGGCCUGACAUGUGUAGCCUUCCAGAUUAUGUGACGUUUAAGAGUUUCCCUGGAAUCCCAUUGCAACACAUCUUCAGUGCAGCAGGAGAUGACUUGCUAGAACUUAUACAAGGCUUCUUCUUAUUUAAUCCAUGUACUCGAAUUACGGCCACACAGGCUUUGAAAACUAAGUAUUUCAGUAAUCGGCCAGCGCCAACACCUGGAAGUCAGCUGCCGAGACCAAACUGUCCAUUGGAAACCUUAAAGGAGCAGUCAAAUCCAGCUGGGGCAACAAAACGGAAAAGAACAGAGACCUUAGAACAAGGAGGACUGCCCAAGAAGCUAAUUUUUUAGUUACAGAAAACAGUGGACAGUGUUUUACUACUGAAGGAAAUAGUCAAAAAGCAAACGGUGGAAAAUGGUAAAUAUUAAGUAAAUGCUGUAGAAGUGAAUUUGUAAAUAUUCUACACUUGUAAAAUAUGUAAAACUAUUAGUUAUUUUUAUUAAAUGUAUUUUAAAACAAAAAAAUUAAUUCUGGUUUCUGUAAUUAGAAUGCAAAGAUGAGAUAAGUUCAUUUCUCUUGGUAUAUAGAAUUGAAAUGCAUUAGCAAAAUCCUAAUAAAAUUAAUUAUCAGUUA